CUUGGUGGUUAAAGUCACUGACUUUCUGUUUUUUCGGCAUCAGUGUGUUUGUGGAGGAGCUUCCUGCGCGGUGACCGCCGGGCGGAGGAGCCGGUCCGCCCCGGGAGAGGACGUUCAACCGGCGGCUGUCACGGAAACGAAAGUUUAUAGCCUGGAGACGCACCGAGGGAACCAGCUGCUGCACCAACCGGCUGGUCCCACAUGAAAACACUCAGGGAGUAACUGGACCUGCACACCUGAAGGAUCCGAUGGAGAACAGCCAGAACCAGGAGGCAGAGGACAGCCCUUACCUGUGCUUCCAGAGAACUCCGUCUCUCAGACGCAAGUGGAGGAAACGUUAUGGCGGCCUGGACGGAAACAAACUGCUGGAGCCCAAUAAAGACCCAGACAUGAAAGAUGAUGGAGGGAUGACAGACAGGAUCCAGCAGAGGAGUGGAGAGAACCAGGUGGACUCCGCCCCCCGCCCAGCUCCCAGGUGCCUGAUCCAGAACCAGGUCCAGACUGCAGUCCAGAGUCCGGUCCAGAGGCCCAUCAGCCUCGUCAGUCCUGGACCUGCAGUGGUCCCAGUGACGUCCAGUAACGGCUGCCUGAAGCCUCCCCUGCCUCAGGCCGUGGUGCAGCCGGAGGACCGAGGCCCGCCCCCCUCACAGCCCUGGUUCCCCCCCCAGCAGAGCCCGUCCAGACGCAGAGCAGCUGCUGACGUGCUGUUUGACAGCUUCGCUUCAGACGGAAGAAUCAACGUCAACCAGUUCUUUGAGGCCAUCUGGAGCUCCGGGCUGCACCGGUCCGACCCGCGGCUCAGAGAGUGUUUCUUCCACCUGAGGAAACUUCAGGACGCAGAGGGAUCAGUGGACAGAAACACCUUCCACAGGUGUGUCACAGGAUUCGUCUCUCUCAUUCUGAAAGCUCUGCAGGGACGAUUUGUCAUCCCAGAUUUUUCCACCUUCACCGAAGAAACUCAGAAAUUGUUUUCAAGGUGUCGUCAGCUGUCAUCUGUACAGGAGAAGGAGAACAUGGACAGCACGAAGUGGGGUGUCUCCAUCUGCACCGUGGACGGACAGAGGUUGUCCCUGGGCGACUGGGCCGGCUCUCUGGUUCUGGGUGAGGUGUCAUGGCCGCUGGUGUACGGCGUGGCGGUGGACCUGCUGGGUUCUGAUCUCGUCCACAGAUACGUCGGCAUGGAGGGCUACUCUGGAUACGACUCUCCGUUCACACUCACUAAAACAGGAAUCCCUCACAGCCCGCUGACGGAGACCGGAGCCAUCGUUACUACGUCUCUGCUACAGCUGGCGGGGAGGCUCAGUGCAGAGGAGGAGGAGAAGUUUGACUCAGUUCUGAAUGUCAUCCGGAGGCUCUGCAACAAGGAGCACGUCAGCGGGCCUAAACCUCUUCUCUUUCAGAGCAGCAGGAAGUCCAGCGUCAGACUCCACGCUCUGUCCUUCUACCUGCAGGAGAAGAAGUGUUUUCCAGAGAAGGCCGACAUCACCGCUGCGUUGGAUCUGAUGCUGCAGUGUUCCUCGACGGAGAUCACCUGCGAGUCGGGAGCUGCCAUGGCCGCCUCGUUAGCUAACGGGGGCCUCUGCCCUCUGUCAGGUGACCAGGUGCUGUCGCCGGCGGCAACCAGAAAUAUGCUGUCCAUGAUGCAGGUGGCCGGGAUGAAGGAUUACUCCACCACCUUCCACUACAAGACGUCUGUUCCGGCCGUGUCCAGCAGCCACGGCUCGCUGCUGGCGGUGGUUCCUGGUGUUCUGGGUCUGAUGGCGUUCUCUCCAGAGUUGGAUGCCUGUGGGAACCCCUGGAGGGCCGUUCACUUCUGCCAGGAGCUGAUUUCAACCUUUCAGCUGCACAGUUUUGACAUCAGGACUCCGUUCGGGCAGAUUCUGGCCUACAGACAGUGGAAGGCUGAAUCUGAGGGGUACCAGAUCAUGAACGUCCUGCUGGCAGCUUUCAAAGGAGACGUCCAGGCCCUGAGGAGAGAGUUUGUUUCAGACAGAACAGUUCUGGCUGGUCACUCAGGAUCCUCUGAGCUUUACUAUCGGGUCGGUUUUUAUUUCACCUCGGGACACGAGAGCGAGCAGGACGUGGAUGAUGACAUCAAGCAUAGGAGACAAAAACAGAGUGAACAUGGUCGCCUUGGCCGGACAAAGACAGAGAGCCACGACGACGUCACCAGAGCUUUUCUGAGAAGAAGCUCGGAGCAGCUGAACAAAAAGACACAAAAGAUGCAAAGUGACGUCUGUGGAUUAGAACAACACAAACAUCUGGAUGAGAGCUUGUGUUUGGUACUUCCUGUCCGGGGUGGAUGUGAACGCUGUCGACUACGACGGCAGGUCGGCGCUGCAUGUGGCGGCUGCAGAAGGUCACACAGAGGUCAUCCGCUUCCUGCUGGAGAACGCUGGAGCAAACGGCGCCCUGCAGGACAGGUGGGGGAGCUCUCCUCUGCAGGAGGCCCGCAGGAACAACAGGGAGGCUGCAGUCCGGCUGCUGCAGGGAGCUGUGUGAGCCCAGACACCCACAGCUGACCUUUGACCUUUGACAUGAUGUCAUCAGGUGUGGCUCAUGUGACGGAGGUGUUCUAGGUCUUAUUCAGCAAAGAUGAUCCAGUAAAUCUUCUUCUACAGUUUGGCUGAUGUAUCUGGAUGACUGCAGGCUUUCGACUUCAUUUAAUGAAAACUUGCAUCAUUAAUCUGUAAAGAACUUCACACGUGUAUUAAAAGGAGUUCUGUGA